AUGAAGCCACCAACGUUCUUUGGUGGAAUUAAACCAUUGAAAGCAGAAACAUGGUUGCUCGAAGUGGAAAAACUGUUUGAUGUAUUUCCCUGUACCAAGAUUCAGAAGGUUUUAUUGGCCACCUAUACUCUGAAAGACGAAGCUCGAAGAUGGUGGUUACUGAUUUGGAAUACCGAUAGGAACAUGACGUGGGCUCGAUUUAAUGAGAUCUUUUAUGAAAAACAUUUUCCUCAAUGUUUUUGGGAUCGAAAAGUGUCUGAGUUCCAAGAACUUAAACAAGGCAGAAUUUUUGUAGCCGAGUACGAGGCAAAGUUCACCGAAUUAGCCAGAUUUGCUCUUUAUAUGGUGGACACAGACUACAAGAAAGCUCGCAAAUUUGAGGGAGGAUUAGACUUGGACAUAUUUGAUCGAGUUGGAGUACUAAAGUUGCCAACAUGCGUGCAAGUUCUUGAUAGAUCUUUAAUGGCGGAAGCCACCCUAGUUGCUAUGAAGCAAAGUAAGGCCCCAGCCGCAACGACAACUGAUUGGAGAGGAAAAAGGUCUGGGUAUGGUUUCAGAAAAGGCCGUUCUUAUGUAAAUAAGAAACAGAAUAUGGGAUCUACAAGCAGUUCAAGCCAGAGCAGUGGGUCUAUUCCGGUUUGUCCUGACUGUGGAAGAAGGCAUAGGGGUGUGUGUUAUCGAGCAUUCGAUGCUUGUUUUCGAUGUGGCAAGACAGGUCAUGUAGUGAAGGAUUGCCCACUUGGGUCCGAAAAUGCCAACCGUCUUAUGAUGAGUUCAGCCAGGUCUGCUUCUACAGUAAAAACAAAUACAAAGGCUAAUACUGGGAAAGAACCGUUGAAACAAGGUCGAGUUUUUGCCUUAGUGCCUAGUGACGUACAGAACAUCAAAACUGUGGUGUCAGGUAUACUCCCUAUAUGUUCUCAAAAUUCAUGUGUAUUGUUAGAUUCUGGUUCUACGCAUUCCUUCGUAUCGUAUGCUCUCUCUCGGAAUUUAACUAGACCACUAGAGCUUAUGACAUAUGUGUUAUCUGUUUCUACACUGUCUGGGGGUUCUACGUUAUGUACUUAUGUUUAUCCAGCAUGUGACAUUAUGGUUGGCGAUAUGAUAUUGUAUGUUGACUUGUUGCCCUUGAACAUUGAUCAUUUUGAUGGUAUUCUGGAUAUGGACUGA